GCGUCAUAAAGGGACGCAUUCUCGUUCUGUGUGGUGGACAUCGACGUCUCGGCAGUGUUUGAAACGCUUAAAUUGCAUUAUCUUGCACUAAUAUGCCACGCAGCUGUGAUGUUCUUCUUUGUUAAGCAUCGUACGGAUUUUACUCUGCAUAUUACAAAUACUACGCCAAAAGCUUAAACAACAACAAUGGGAUCACAACCGAUCAUAAUACCAUGGAAGAGGUACGUCUCUAUCCUUCUUCUUAUUUUUCCAACUCUCACAUCUGUGCUUGCUGUAACUCACUAUUCCAUUCCCGAGGAAAUGGAAGAGGGGUCAGUCGUCGCAAAUUUAGCUACGGAUUUGGGAUUGGACGUGAAAACGUUAAGUAAGCGCAAGAUGAGGCUUGACAUCAUCGCAAAUAAAAAAUACCUGGAGGUGAACAAAGAGACCGGCGAGCUGUAUAUUUUAGAAAAAAUGGACAGAGAAUAUCUUUGUAGCUCAAAGACUGCCACGACAUGUUUUCUCAAGAUGGAGGUUAUUCUCGAGAACCCAGUACGUAUAUUUAACAUAGAACUGGAAAUUGUUGAUAUAAACGAUAAUUCGCCUAAUUUUCGACGGGAUACUAUACAUCUGGACAUCUCCGAGUCUACCUCCGCUGGAGAGCGCUUCUCUCUUAGCAAUGCCGUGGAUCCCGAUAUUGGCAGCAAUUCCAUUAAGACAUACUAUUUGGGGGAGAGUUCGGAUUUUGAUAUAGAGAUUCAGACUGGUCGAGAUGGCUCUAAAUUCGUUGAUUUGAUUUUGAAAAAGGCUUUGGACCGUGAAGAGCAGGCUGUUCAUAAUCUCAUACUAACUGCUGUGGAUGGCGGUGUACCCGCACGCUCCGGCACAGCCAGCAUCAUUGUUCGUGUGCUUGACACUAACGACAACGCCCCUACAUUUCAAAAGGAAAGUUACACGAUCACUCUCCCCGAAAACUCUCCAAUAGGUAGCCUGGUUGUUAAGCUUAAUGCAACAGAUUCAGACGAGGGGGCUAAUGCAGACGUCACUUACUCCUUCAGCCUCUAUACAUCCGAGAAAACACAAGAAACGUUUAGUUUAAAUCAAAAUAAUGGCGAAAUUAGAGUUAAAGAAAUGAUCAAUUAUGAAGAUUUCAGAAUUUAUGAUAUGGAGAUCAUUGCAAGGGAUAAGGGAGCUAAUUCUCUAUCCGGCCAAUGUAAAAUAACAGUUCUGAUUACAGAUAUGAAUGACAACCAUCCCGACAUAUCAAUUAAAUCUUUCCAAAGCCCUAUUAAAGAAAACGUGGCUGUAGAUACUGUAAUUGCGGUGGUUAGUGUGAGUGACAAAGACUCAGGUGAGAAUGGUGUUGUUGAUGUACACAUUCCUGAUCAGAUGCCCUUUGCACUUAAGAAAUCAUCUGACAAUUAUUACGAGCUCAUUGUGUCAGAACCACUCGACCGAGAAAAAGUUCCAGAAUAUGACAUAACUUUUACUGUAACAGACAGAGGCUCUCCACCAUUGUCAGAUAAUGAAACAAUUACAUUGGAACUGCUCGAUGUUAACGACAAUGUGCCACAAUUCCCCCAAUCAUUUUACACUAUACCCGUAAUGGAAAACAACGCGCCUGGGGCUUUGUUAAGUUCACUUUCAGCAUUUGACCCAGACCUCCACGAAAACCAAUACCUCGUCUAUUUCAUUAUUGAGAAAGAAAUUGCAAAUACCUCUAUGUCGAUGCUUUUCUCUAUUAACCCCGAGAAUGGGAAUCUUUACGCGUUAAAGACAUUUGACUAUGAGAUAGAGAAAGAGUUUCUUUUUCACAUCGAGGCCAGAGAUUCCGGUGUUCCUCCACUGAGCAGUAACGUGACUGUUCACAUCAUCAUCAUGGACCAGAAUGACAACACUCCAGUGAUAGUGUCUCCGUGGCGCGCACAUGGCUCCGUUGUCGAUGAGAAAAUUCCGAGGUCCACCGACAAGGGGUCUCUGGUGGCCAAAGUGAUUGCUAUAGACACAGAUUCAGUGCACAACUCUAGGAUAUCCUACCAGUUUUUAGUGAACACUGAUGCUACGCUAUUCAGUCUGGACCAGUACAACGGCGAGAUCCGGACCAUGAGAAUGUUCAGUUACAGAGACGCGCGUCACCAGCGCUUAGUGGUGAUUGCCAAAGACAAUGGAGAGCCUGCGCUCUCUGCCACUGUGACCAUCAAACUCUCCACGGUUGAGACUGCUUUGAAAUCCUACUCGGACAUGACUGAAGUUCCUUUAGAAUAUGACAUAUUUUCAGACUUAAACCUUUAUCUGGUAAUUGGACUAGGCUCGGUGUCAUUCCUGUUAUUAAUUACAAUACUGGUCACCAUCGUGCUGAAGUGCCAAAAGCCAAAGCCCAGCAAAGCAGCGCCUCCUUCUAGGAACAGUGUGAUCAGUUCAGAGAGGAACUCUACCUUCGCGGAUUCUACACUGGUCUCAAACGAUGCCUACUGGUACAGCAUGUUCCUUGCGGAGACGAGGAAAGGGAAGCUGGUCGUCAGACAGCCAGUGCCAAAGGGGUCGCGGUAUGUUGUGUCCAGUUUACCAAGAGGCACAGGACUGACGGAUACAAGCGAUUCGGCUGCUUCUACUCUUCAGGUAAGAGGAAGUUUCGACAUUGAAUAUUAACCUGACACAAUGACU